AUGGGAGGUGGCAGUGCUUUACUGAUAAACUCGAACCGUCGCGGUAGUGCAGGUGGGUCAGAGUUUGGAUGCACUGGUUGGUUCUGUGAUGUUCUGGAUGGAGCAAUGAUGCUGUUAGUAGUAAUGGUAAUUCAACCUUCCAAGAGGUCGGAAACUCAUGAGUAUUUACAGAUUAUUCUUACUGCUAUCAUCGGGUGUUUCAAAGCAUGCCUCAGUAAAACAAGUGUACAUUAUAAACGUGAGUCGCAGAGCACAACAGAGCUGCCUCCUGUUCGAACUCAUGAGACUGAAGAACCGCCUUUGCCUCCUCUUCAAGCAAUUAUUGUCAUGGAGAAUCCGCCAGAUUAUGCAGAAAAUGAUCAGAAUCUAUAUUUACCUCCUGCAUACUGUAGUCUCGAGUAG